CCAACGCUGGCGUGCAGAAGUGACGUUGGAUGUUUGCGACGCCUUCGGCGGGCUGGCUGCUCAGGUCCUGGUGACUGUUUAACUGGCGGAAUCCCGAGCGCCAUGGCCUCCGCUGGGGUAUCCACCGGGCGACAAGCCGAGGAUGCGUUACCGCCACCCGCCGAGCCACCGCUUCCCGAGACGAAGCCGCAGCCGCCGCCGCCCGUUGCCGCGCCUCAGCCGCAGCAGUCGCCGGCGCCAAGGCCUCAGUCACCUGCAGGCGUGAAAGAGGAGAACUACUCCUUUUUACCUUUGGUUCACAACAUCAUCAAAUGCAUGGACAAGGACAGCCCAGACAUCCACCAGGACCUGAAUGCCCUCAAAACCAAGUUCCAGGAGAUGCGAAAGGUCAUCAGCACCAUGCCUGGCAUCCACCUGAGCCCUGAGCAGCAGCAGCAACAGCUGCACAGCCUCCGGGAGCAAGUUAGGACCAAGAAUGAACUUCUGCAAAAGUAUAAGAGUCUCUGCAUGUUCGAGAUCCCCAAGGAGUAGAUGAGGCUGCUUCCAGGAAUGUCCGAGAAAGAAGAGAGAGAGCAAAUGGGCUUACUGCCUCUCCACCCCCUUGGAGUGUUGUUCUUUCAGACCUCAGAUCUGAACUUUUAGCCAAGUAGUGUGGGGGCUAUUAUACAGCUUCCUUGGCUGAGUUUGGCAUUGACUGUGGGAGGAGCCAGCCUUAGGAGCUUAGCUUUAUUGGGGCUUCCUUGUAUAUAUCCAUAUGUCUAGAUGCAUAAUAACUGGCGUAUGUGCUGGUGGAAGGAGGAAUGUCCCUGGAGGCUGCAGAGGUGUGGAGGACUCUCUCCCCGCUUCUGGGGAGGGGGCCAUCUCCUGUGUGUUUGGGCUCCAAUGGUGUAUCUGAAGAACAAAGCAGGAAAAGAGGCAUCUCCUCUUUGCUUCCUACCUUCCCUGUCCUCCCACCACGUAGAUAUGAUCAAUAUGUACCAGGUAUAUAUUGUUACCUACCAUCAUGAAACAUUCGCAUAGAAUUCACUGGACAGAUAAGGCCUCUACUCAUAUGGCAUGGGUUUAAAAUGGUAAAGGAAGGCUAUGAGAGAAUGAGCACUGUUUUGAAAGACUAUAGGGUACUUUUUCUCCUAAAACAGUUUGUUUGCUUAUAUGUUUGAGUUAGCAAAUCUAACUGUCCAUGGGGAUGUCAGUCCACAUCCCUGUCACAUGGCCCCUGUGUCCAGGUUCUCUGCCACCUACAUGUUCUUGUUACUUUUAGCUCUUGGCUCCCCUUGUCUCCUGUCACCUUCACCACAGUGCUUUCAGUGGGGCUGGAGGGUACUGUUGUCUCUACACAGGUACAAAUAGGCUUCCAGGUGAACAAAACUUGCCUCUUCUAGCAUUUCAGAUUCCUGGUUUAAAAAAUUAUUUCCCCUCUAGCCUUUUCAUAAAGAGUCAACCAUAAACAUCACUGCAUUGCAAACAGGGGUUCAUAAUGUGCUUUUUGUUCAGAGAAGGGCAGCUCUAGGUGACAGUUCUGAUCAUCCCUCAGCCAGGUGUGACUGUAUAGUUCUGAUUCAGCUCUGAACGGUGGGACAAGCUAGACCCAGAAGUUAAUCAUCAAGUUCUGGUUCAUAAAACAUUUUACAAACACCCCUCA